UAAUAAAUAAAUAAAUAAAAAAUGAAAUGUCACCAAAUGUUCAACUGAGGCAUGGUGUCUAUGUCAGUGAGAAAAUAAGAAAGUGCUUGUGCUGGUGGAGAAGCUCAAGCUCAACCAAACAGGCCCUUAUUCUCAGUUCUGUAAAUGCAAUUUCUUCAAUUCUAGUUCCUUUCUCCUUCACGCGAUCAAUUACUAUGCCUCCUGGUUUGGAGUACGACAUCGAUGAUCUGUUUCAAGAAGCUAAGAAAAGAUGGCUGAAACCUGUGGAAGUGCUUUACAUUUUACGGAAUCACGAAAAGUGCGAGUUCACCCACCAGCCCCCUCAUCAGCCGGCUGGUGGUUCCCUGUUUCUGUUUAAUAGAAGAGUCUUGCGAUUCUUCCGUAAAGAUGGUCAUAACUGGCGGAAGAAAAAAGAUGGCAGAACUGUGGGAGAAGCACAUGAACGGCUUAAGGUUGGAAAUGUUGAAAUCCUAAAUUGUUACUAUGCACAUGGAGAGGAGAACCGUACUUUUCAGAGACGGAGCUAUUGGAUGUUGGAGCCGGAAUAUGAGCAUGUUGUUCUUGUGCAUUACAGAGAAACAAGUGAGGGGAAAUCCAAUUCUGAACCUGUCUCACAAUUGUCACCAGGUUCCUCUCCUUUGUUUAGUCAAAGUCAUAGCUCGUAUUCUGCUUACAAUCCAGGGACUACAUCCAUGUUUGGUGAUUCAUGUGAACCUAAUCAGAAUUUCUCUAGUCCUGGGUCUUUAGAAGUUACGUCUGACGCUCAAGCCUUGCGCCAAUUGGAAGAACAGCUUAGCUUGAAUGAUGACAGCUUCGAUGAAAUUGCGCUUAAUUUGACCUCAUGUCAAGAUCAAAGGGUGGUUUAUAAGCAAGAUAAAUCUGCAGCUUCCUCUGGACCAAAUGAUGAAGUACAACCAUAUCAUGGAUAUAAUGCAAGACAAGAUGACAGUGGCACAAAUUAUCAUGACUUACUUGAUGAUGCUCUUGAUGGAAACGAAAAACCUAUAUACUGGAAAAAGGUGCUGGAAUCGUGUAAGCCCUCAUCUAUGACUAAAUUACCAGAUCAACAUGCAUAUGAGGCAUUUGAAAACGAAAAGUCAUUAUUUUCUUCAGGAAGAGGAAUGACUGCCAACCUGGAAAACAAUCACUGGCUAAACUCCAACAGUAAAAAUGUUGAAAAUUCUGUUUUCUCAUUUUCUCAAGACAAUAGUGGAAUCAAUUUUUCUCCAUUUUCUCUGGUAGAAACUCCAGGAACUUAUGAAACAUAUUUUGACCAAAUCCAAAUUCAAGAACCUUUGGCUGUUGAUUCAAGCUUGACUGUUGUACAGAAACCAAAAUUUAUAAUUAAGGCAGUCUCCCCAGAAUUCUGUUAUUCCACUGAGGCUACAAAGGUGAUCAUUAUUGGGUCAUUUCUCUGCCAUCACUCGGAUUCAACCUGGGCAUGUAUGUUUGGUGAUGUUGAAGUCCCUGCUGAGAUAAUUCAGGAUGGCGUAAUUUGUUGUGAAGCUCCCUCCGAUCUUCUUGGAAAGGUGAAUUUAUGUGUUACUUCAGGAAAUAGGAUACCAUGCAGUGAAGGGAGAGAGUUUGAGUUUCGAAAUAAGAGUAGUAGUUGCGCUCCCUGUAAUUCAUUGGAAACAGAAGGCAGUAGAAGUCCAGAAGAUCUGUUAUUACUUGUUCGAUUUGCAGAGAUGCUCCUUUCUGCUUCAACUGAAAAGGGUGACAACAGAGAAUGUGGAAGUCAUCUUUCAACAAAACAGAACGAUGAUGAUGAUUCAUGGAGCCAUAUUAUAGACACUCUUCUAGUUGGCACUGGAACAUCAUCUGGCACUGUUGACUGGCUUCUUGAAGAGCUGCUGAAGGAUAGGCUGCAUCUCUGGCUUUCUAGCCGAUCCCAUGAAAGAGAUGAAGGGACAGGCUGUUCUUUGUCAAAGAAAGAGCAGGGGAUUAUACACAUGGUUUCUGGGUUGGGUUUUACGUGGGCCUUGAACCCCAUUCUCAGUUGUGGUGUGAAUAUAAAUUUCCGUGACAUAAAUGGAUGGACGGCCCUUCAUUGGGCUGCACGAUUUGGGAGGGAAAAAAUGGUUGCUUCACUUAUAGCUUCUGGUGCAUCUGCUGGAGCAGUGACAGAUCCAAGUGCACAAGACCCAACUGGUAAAACUGCUGCUUCUAUUGCAGCCAGCCAUGGCCAUAAGGGAUUGGCAGGUUAUCUUUCAGAGGUAGACCUAACAAGCCAUCUGUCAUCCCUCACCCUGGAGGAGAGUGAGAUGUCUAAAGGAUGUUCCGAGCGUGAAGCCGAUUUAACUGUCAAACGUGUCUCUGAGGAAAAUAUUGUGGCCGGUGAGGAUCAGGUUUCACUAAGAGCUUCCUUGGAUGCUGUCAGAAAUGCAGCUCAGGCAGCUGCACGGAUACAAGCUGCUUUUCGUGAACAUUCUUUUAGAAAACGGAAAGAUAGAGAAGCUGCUGCUGCUGCCACCGCAGGCUGCAUUGAUGAUGACAUUUCAGUGCUUAUGUUACAAUUUAGUCCUCGGAGCUUGCGUGAUUACAAUUCAGCGGCCUUAUCAAUUCAGAAGAAAUAUCGAGGUUGGAAAGGUCGCAAAGAAUUCUUAGCAUUGCGCCAGAAAGUAGUUAAGAUACAGGCUUGUGUGAGGGGAUAUCAGGUUCGGAAGCAAUACAAGUUAAUAUUAUGGGCAGUUGGAAUCUUGGACAAGGUUGUGCUACGAUGGAGGAGAAAACGAGUUGGUUUACGAAUUCUCCAACAAGAAAUGGAGACAAAUGAAGAUGAAAGUGAUGAUGAAGAUUUUCUGAACGUGUUCCGAAAAGAGAAAGUAUAUGCAUCAAUUCAAAACGCUUUAAAGCGGGUGCUUUCCAUGGUCCAUUAUACCGGUGCCCGUCAGCAAUAUAGACGCUUGCUUGACUUGUAUCGUCAAGCCAAGACUGAACGUGGCAGCACGAGUGAUGAAGCACCAUUAUCAUAUUUGGAAGAGGAAGUUUUCAAAAUAGAAGACGAUGAUUUGUAUCAAUUUUGGGAAGCUUUCAGGCCUUCCUAGUUUUAUUUCUCUCUGGUGAUAAAUUUCUGGCUUCACCGCUUAUAUGACCUUGUGUUGUGUAUUUGGAUGUGUAAAAUAAGCUUGAGGUUUUAGUUUGUAAAUUAGUAUAGGUUGUAUAUAGUGAUAAUGGCGAUGGAUACUUUAUCUUUUUAUGUACAAAUGGCUUCAAUGCUGGUAGGAUAGGGUUUCAAAUUAAGUGGAGUAAGUUUCUAUAUUAUUUAUUUGUCUUACUUUUUCAUUGGUAGAACUGGACAACCAGCCUGUUGGGCAGGCAAAUAAAAAAAUGUUAAAUAUUAA